AUGGCGGCCGCCAAGGAUUCUCACGAGGAUCGGGACACCACCGAAAACGUAGACGAGUCCAAUCAUGACCCCCAGUUUGAGCCGAUAGUGUCCCUUCCUGAACAAGAAAUUAAAACGCUGGAGGAAGAUGAAGAGGAACUUUUUAAAAUGCGGGCAAAGUUAUACCGUUUUGCCUCAGAAAAUGAUCUCCCCGAGUGGAAGGAGAGAGGCACCGGCGACGUGAAGCUCCUGAGGCAUAAGGAGAAGGGGAGCAUCCGCCUUCUCAUGCGUAGGGACAAGACACUGAAGAUAUGCGCCAACCACUACAUUACACCACUGAUGGAGCUAAAGCCGAAUGCAGGCAGCGACCGAGCCUGGGUCUGGAACACCCACGCUGACUUCGCCGAUGAGUGUCCCAAGCCAGAGCUGCUUGCCAUCCGCUUCCUCAAUGCUGAAAAUGCACAGAAAUUCAAAACAAAGUUUGAGGAGUGCAGGAAAGAGAUAGAAGAGCGAGAAAAGAAAGGCUCGGGUAAAAAUGACAAUGCUGAAAAGGUGGCCGAGAAGCUAGAAUCUCUUUCGGUGAAGGAGGAGAAUGGGGAGGCUCCAGGGACCAAGGUGGCUGAUGGGGAAGAUGCCAAGGAGAAGACUGAAGAGAAUAUGAUCCUCCAUCUGGAAGGCAACGACCAUGGCCUCGUGCUGGGUGGUAGCCAGGUCUACCCUCGCUGCCAGCCAGGCUGCCCUGGAGAAGAGGGCUCUCACCGUGGGGGCAUGAUGUCCAGGACCCUCAGCCCAGGGAAGAGCAAAGAACACAGCAGAAGAGACCCGGAGCUGGGAAGUAUGCGACGAUCAGUGAUCCUGUGGCCUGUCGUGGAGAAGGGGCGACGCGGGGGUCACCGACGAGGCCAGAAGGCGCGUGCGCGGGGCGGGGCCUGGCAGGGCGCGGGUGUCCCCUAG